GUUCUUGAGGCAGUUUGACAUCGACGACUUUACAGAGGCGACACGCAGGCGUCUUCUUUUUUUUUUUUUUGUGAACUUUGGCCGUUUUUUUAAAUUAGUAUAAUUGCGCAGCCGUACAAUUUAUGCAACUAUUAUUCUUUUUAAACGAAAAUAAUAAUAAAAAUGCUGGAUCCGGGGUUUUACCGUUGGCUGUCUUUUACUUGGUGGUUCGUUAGGUAAUUGAACUGCCAGCUGGAUUGUUUUCGCAACGCUAUUUGCUGGCCAAAUGUAAGUUUAUUAAUCUUUCCAGAGACUUCGAACCCAGCUUCAUUUUCUUCGACCAGUUAGUAAAUCAUAUAAACGUAAGAACACGAAGUUCAUUCGUCGUUUAUAUCUUUCUGAUGCCCAGCUAACUAGACUUCAACUAGUCAGCCGAGGCUUGCUGAGCCCUAGCCGGGCGAACAUAGACGCUGCUCAGUGUCAUCGCAAGUGAAGAGGACUGAGUUUAUUAGGCGACAAUGCUUGAAAUAAUGUCCGAGCACCAAGAUUCAUUACUGAAGUGCAAAGCAGAGGCUCUGCCAUCAGAGCGAAGAAAGAGGACAGUAGAGGACUUCAACAAAUUUUGCAGUUUUGUUCUUGCAUAUGCAGGUUACAUCCCUUCUCCAAAGGAGGAAAGACCAUGGUCGCCAGCAUCGUCCAGUUCUCCAAACAGCUCUGGUGCUUCAGGUGAAGGAAGCAUUUUAGGUGAAGCAAGUUCUAACAUGACUGCCACCUGGAGUCAUGGCACAUCGAACUUGCAUACCAUCCACACCUUUGUUCACAAGGCCCGUGCCAAUAAGAGUAACAAGGGCAUGCGCCGAUUACCUUCUGACAGCACCAUGGUUGACAAAAUGUGUUUAAAAGACUCUAUCUAUGAGAGCCAGGUAUCCAACAAAGCUGAGCGCAAAAAGGACAAGAAGCUGAAGCGCCUUUCUCUAGGUUUGGGUGUUGGUGACCACUGUAGCAGUGGUGGCGAGAAACGUGCGAGGAUCAAGCGCAGUAAAAACCCCAAACAGCCCAAAGCACUAAAGAAGCUUAAGAGCUCUGCCCACAGCGAGUCAGACUCUGAGACUGGUCUCGGCCAUGGUGAGGAGCACUCGAGCCAGGGAGCAGGGGCUGAGCACAGGCUACAAGCCCAGGGUACAGCACUGUUGAAAGAAGAGACGGAGGAGGCCACCAGAGAAGCAGAAAUGAGCUCCAGUGAAGGAGAGACUUGGAUAGCGGAUGAAGAUAUAAUGGUGGAGUCAGGGGACGAUUCGUGGGACUUGAUCACCUGUUACUGUGGUAAACCUUUUGCAGGACGGCCCAUGAUUGAAUGUAGUCAGUGCAAUGUGUGGGUGCACCUCUCUUGCGCCAAAAUUAAGAAGUCUAAUGUGCCCGACAUAUUUAACUGCCACAAAUGCAGAGACUUUCGACGGUCAAGUCACAAAAAAGACACUUAAAUGAGGGUGCUCAUUUCCUCAAAGCUUUGAAUGUUUCCAGUCUUUUUUUUUUUUUUAAUUUGACACCUGUUUGAUAUCCCUCCCUUGGGACUAGUUGCUCCCUACAUAUUUUGCAGUCAAAGCUCUCCAUUACAGGGACAGUUCACUGAGAAAUAAUGUUUUGAAUUGGUCUCUUAGCGAGUUAGUACCCUGUUUAAUCUGCAUGCUAUUUGGCUGAAAUGUCCUGAGUAACAACUCCAGCAGAGCAAUCAAUUGUAAAAUAUCCUUUGUCAACUCAAAUUUUUUGGUGUUUGGUAUAAUUAGCUUGCAUGUUUUGAUAAGUGGCACUAAGUGGGACAUCCACCCUACAGCUUCCACAGUUGUCUACUGUGUUAUGUUAUUCUGAGCACAUCUUGCUGGGAUUUAAUUAAAAAAGAAAAUCUUGAGUAAAACUAUACAAAAAACAGGAACUUUGUUGAUUAAUAAAAGGAAUAUUUAAAAAUGUGUUAUGAUUUUGCCAAAGUGAUAUGAUAGAGUUUGUGUUAUCACUCAGUUAUUUGAAAAAUGUAAAAUACGUAAUUUCUUAGUGAACUGUCCAUUUGAUAAUUUUUAUUUUUUUUUAUUGGGCCACAUGCCUUUGUCUGAAGACAAACACUCAUGUAAUUUACUAGUCUGAACAUUAAUAAUUUCUAAAUCAAUUGGUUAUGUACAGUUGACUCAUGUACUUUGUCGAGGAAGCUAUCAGUUUUUUUAGUCUUCAAUUACUUGCACAACAUGGUGUUCUAAUUUUUGUUUUGGAUGUGUUAAGUUGACUUGUAAAAUUUCAGUUUUGUUUAAUGCUCAAGUGAAGGCUAGAUUAAGAAGCUGUGCUUUACUGAAGCUGUUGAAGCUGUCCCCAAAUUAAAUGGUUGUAAUUAUUGCUUUCAAGAAGUGUUUGUGGGUUUUAGUUGCUGAGAUUUGGUGCAGAGUACUCAUUUAUGCUACAAGCUCUUUCAUUUGAAUUAGUUUGGAGACUAUUGUUUGAAUAUUUGAUUUGUAGUUUCUUUGUGACGGGGGGGGGGGCUUCUUCCCCAAAAGCCAGACC